GGCGGAGACAAGCCUGCGUGUGUUUUACGCCGCGUAACCAUGGUAACAGCAUUGCGGCACACCGUCAACAGCGGUGAAGCGGUCAUUUAAACGUUCAGAAACACGGAACCGGAGGGACAUUUUUCAUCACCACUGAGGUAACCUUGAUACCUUACAGUUCGGCUACUGUUCAGCUGGUUCGGAAAAGGUCAAGAUGUCGAACGAUCUGGCAGGUGUGUGGGAGGUGGCGCUGAGCGACGGAGUUCACAGAAUAGAGUUCGAGCACGGGACAACCACAGGCAAGAGGGUCAUCUACGUUGAUGGAAAGGAGGUUCUUAGACGGGAUUGGAUGUUCAAACUUGUGGGGAAGGAGACGUUCAGCGUGGGCCAGUCAGACACCAAAGCAACCAUCAACAUUGAUGCUGUCAGCGGGUUUGCUUAUGAAUACACCCUGGAGAUCAAUGGAAAAAGCUUGAAGCAAUACAUGGAGAACAGGUCAAAGGUCACCAGCACUUGGCUGCUCAACCUGGACGGCUCUGACUGCAGAGUAGUCCUGGAGAAGGACACAAUGGAUGUGUGGUGCAAUGGAGACAAAAUUGAGACAGCAGGGGAAUUUGUGGACGACGGCACAGAGACGCAUUUCACUCUGGGGGAGCACAACUGCUGUGUGAAGGCUGUAAGCAGCGGGAAGAGGCGAGACGGGAUCAUUCACACCCUGCUGGUGGACGGCACAGAGAUCGCAGAGUGCAUGGAGUGACUGCGCAUCCAGAGGAUGACUGCGCAUCCAGAGGAUCUGGUCAGAAUUCAGGACUGUUUCUCCUGAACAGUGAUAGUGCCGACUGGAAGAACUCUUUUGCCCACUGAAUGUUCUGAAAGUCCUUCUGCGCGGGUAUUUAAUCACCAUAAAGUAGGUGUCUUAAUAGAACUACUGAAAGACAACAGCCACUUUAGAAAUGUCAGCCACUGAAUAACACUCAUAUCUGCAGAGGUUUCAAGGAAACUUGGGUCAUAGAUUCAUAAAUCCUUUUAUCAGCCGUACACCUACAGAUGGGACUUUACCACAUGUGAAAAAGGUCAGGUGUGAUUAUGACUGAAUCAACAGCUAAGCAAUCCCAGUCAACCUCAUUCUUAGACUUUUGUUGUCGUUCCAUGUUGUGUCGUAAAGCUUUACUUACCGGGACUGACUGAGUCCUUGAAUGUAGCAGCACACCAGAGUGCCCUGAUGUCUGUGAGGUAAAAGCUCUGUUGGAUCAGCUGGAGCGGUCGGGGGGGACACCGUGAGAAACUGCUGUAGAUGCAUCGCAUACAAGGGGCCAUUUUUAUGACACUUUUGCAGACAAUCAUUCAGAUGUGUUACUGUUGUAAAGCAGUUGUCCUGCUUUCCAUGGGCCAUGUUGAAGCUUCCUGUUACUGUUCAAUUGUGCUCAUUUUCAUGAAAAUAUUAGUUCUGAUUUUUAAUAUCGGAAA